AGACGCUUAGGCCCAACUAGCAAGCCCAACCCUUCCAGUUUCCAGGGAAAUAGAUCCACCCGAACAAUUUUUUUUUUAUUAUUAUCGCGAAUGGCAACAGCCCACAGUUAAAUGGCAUCCAUCUUCAGUCACGAGGACCUGACCACUUGGGUUGGCGAUGGGUGAGAUGGCCGGAGCCGGAGCUCACCAACUACUGCUGACGUUAAUUGCCGGCGCCUCAGCGCUCGUCGGCGCUCUCUGUACCGUCGGAGCAGUCGCCGGAUCCAUUCAUCGCCGCAACUCCGCACUCAAAAGAGAGAAAAAUGGAAAGCUGUGUGGGGUAUGCAAAGGAAGUGGCUAUUACUCAUGCAAGUUAUGCAAAUCAAAGGGUACAAUACAAUGGUCGCCCCUUUAUGAUCCAGUGGUGAUUAACCCAUGUGUUUGUCCCACUUGUGAGGGAAACAAGGUUCAGAAAUGUCUCAACUGUUUGGGCUUUGGCCUUGUGUAGCAAACUCUUUGAGGAUGCCAGAAGUCAUGAAUUAGGGCAAAAAAUAUUGCGCAUCCCG